AUGUCAACAACCAUUGAGAAAACAAUUGUCCCUCGGGAACUAGAGACGGUCGGUAUAAUGCCACCGACCACCGAAGCUGUGGGAAGAAUAUCUCAAGAGUCUCUCGUUGAGCCUCCAGCCAUCUGGUCGCAAAGGCAAAAAUGGCUUUACACAUGCAUCACCGUUUCGCUACCAAUGAUGACUUCAUUCAGCUGUAGUGUGCAGACACCGGCAUUGACAGCCAUCGCCGCUGAGCUGCACACAACCCGAAUUGUCGCUGCGCUGAGUGCCACCACUUAUUUCGUCGGGUCUGUGGGAGGCUACUUCUUUUUCGCGCCUCUUUCAGAGUUCUUCGGGCGUAAUCCAGUUUAUUAUUCAACAUUCUCAUUAUUCACUCUUACAAACUUGGCUUCGGCUCUGACGCCCAACAUAUCAGCACUACUCGUGUUUCGCUUCUUCAACGGCCUCUUUGGAGCCCCCAGUGUCGCCAACUCUGGAGGCUCUCUGGCUGACCUCUGGGCUCCCGAAGAGCGCUCCGUACCGUUUGCCUUGUUUACGGCAGCAUGCUUUUGCGGACCCGUGAUCGCGCCGCUUAUCGGCGGUUUUCUCACCCAGUACGCCGGCUGGCGAUGGAAUUUCUGGCUCAUGUUCAUUCUGUGCUGUGUGCUGCUUGUCUUGCUGGUGGUAUUUGUGCCCGAGACCUAUCCCACCAAGCGUAAAGGCUAUCAGGCUGCAAAGCGGUCCCAAAAGGAGUGGACCAAGGAGUUUCGACAGAGUCUCGCCCGGCCGUGGCUCAUGUUCUUCCGGGAGCCGAUCCUCUUCUUCUUGUCUCUUUACAUGUCCUUCAUUUAUGGCGUGCUCUUUCUCAAGUUUACCGCUUACCCAGUAGUCUUUCAAAAGUCGCGCGGAUGGUCACUCUCCAUAUCCGGAUUAUCCUUUCUGGGAAUCACCGCCGGCAUGAUUCUGGCGACGAUACUAUCGACUCGCCUCAAUCAGAUACGAUUGCGCUAUGUCAAGCGCCUCGGUCCUGUGCCCGAAGCUCGAUUGCCGCACUUGAUACCUAUAGCAUGGCUCAUGCCCAUUAGUCUCUUCAUCUUUGCCUGGACAGCGGAGCCGCCCGCUCACUGGAUCAUCCCCAUCCUGGCCGGUGUACCCUUUGGCUUUGGACUCGUGUUUCUCUUUCUCGGUAUAAAUGCCUAUCUCACGGACUGCUACGAGCGCUAUAGUGCCAGCGCUCUUGCAGCAAAUUCCCUGCUUCGCUGUGUCUUUGGCGGCAGCUUUGCCGUACUCGCAGACGUCAUGUAUAGUGGUUUGGGCACGGCCUGGGCGGUUAGUGUGUUGGGGUUUGUUGCCUUGGCCUUGACUCCAAUGCCGUGGGUGUUUUAUCGCUAUGGCCCGUAUCUGCGUUCAAAGAGCAAAUAUCACUGCCUCGCAAGUGAGUCACAAGUCGCGCCUAGAGACAUGAUUUCAGAGCAACAGAGCAAAGUGUAA